AUGCGAGCAAGACCAGCACAAGCACAAGCACAAGCCAUUCCCACUGACAUUCCAACUGACAUUCCAACGACUAGUACUGCUAGCAAGAAGCCAAAGCCAUCACCAGGGUUGCAACGAAGAAACACCUCCGAGUCCACACGAAUACAACCUCAACCUCAACCUGGGCUCCAACGCACAUUGACAUCCGACACUACUACCAGCAAUUCCAAGACUACUAGUACGAACACUACAAGCCAAAACAACAACAACAAAGUGGUCGAUGUCAGUCUCAAGAACAAAUUGGAUGCCAGCGAGAAACGACGCAUCUCGUCACGGAGACGACUGGCCGCCGAACACCGAUCGUCAUCGGAUCGAUCCAUCACACACAACCAUACUGGCGGAAUGGACAAUAGUCAAAACAGUCACAAGAGUUUGGCCAGUGUCCGCACCCAUCUCUCUCAAAAGGAAAUGAAAGUACGAGACGAACGUGUCCGCGCUGUAGAGGAUUCCUUUGCGUCGCACAAACGAGCGUCGCUCCAACGACAACUCUCCGACAAAUUGAUACAAGAACAGCAAGAAAAGUUGCAAGAAAUGGAAGAAGAAGAAAUACGUCAAGCACGACAAGAAGAAGAAGAUGCGAGACGGGCGUUUGACACCAAAAAGAAACAACGCUAUUCGCGAUCCAAACAAGUCAAAGCGAAACAGCAAGAAAAUCAACAACAGCAAGACAAGCAAAAGGAACCACCCCAACCACGACGAUCGUCCAUGAAGAAAUCCAUUCAAGUUCAUCAACAAUCAUCCGAAGUCUCUCCAAAAAAUCAUCAACACUUGCAAGAGCACAUGGAACAAAAAAAGCAAAAGCAGAGUCAGUUUCAACAAAUGAAAAUCAAACAAUUGCAAGAACAAUCGUUUCAACAGCAAUUGCAAAAGGGACAUCAAUUGAAACAAGAAGAACAAAAGAGACGACAACAGGCGUUCAUACAGCAGCAGACACAACAACAUUUAUUGGACGAUUCCUCCUCCUCUUCGUCAUCAUCCGAUGAUGAGUCUGAUGAUGACUCUGAUGAAUCCUCGGGAUCGUCCGCAUCUGGUGCCGAGGAGACCACCACCGAGGGUUCCAAUAAAAACGACAACAACGACAACAAUAACGACAAGUCACAAAAGAAGAAGAGGGAACAGUUCCUCGAUGAAGAGGACGACAUUUGCAGUGACAUUCGUCUGUCGGAUGAUUCGUCCGAUAAUUCGUCGUCUCUUUCGUCUUCUAUUGGGACCACCACCAGCAGUGGGGAUGCCGGUUCUUCCUCGUCGUCUUCGGAAUCCUCGUCAUCCAGUGGUGCUGAAAAGAAAAAGGUCGCGCCACAAACCAAACAACUGCAGUCGUCUUCGCGUUCACGAAGAAGAAGACGGACGGAUGAUGACAACAGCAGCAAACGACGCAUCAUGUCAUCCUCCUCGGGUGCUCAUACAUUUCGAUCCGUCUCUUCGUCCGUUGCACCCAGUCAUGCCAGUGGAGGAGAAGUCUCGGAUUCUUCCAAACAGCAGCAGCAACAACAACAACCAGGAGGAGACAGUAGCAACAAUAACCAGCCAUAUCAUCAUGGACGAUCCCUCUAUGGACGAAACUUGACCAAUUUCCCAAAACCAACAAACGCGGCACUAGCACUCAAACGGGUGCCCACCAAUACCAAUAACAAUAACAACACAACCAACAACAACAAGUGCAGCAUUGCCGACAAGGAGGAACGGGAGAGGUUUUGGAGGGCUUUCUUGACAUCGCCAAAAUUCAAAGUAAGGGCACUCGUAUUGCUGGCCAUUGGGGUCGGGAUUGUCGUGGGGCUCGUCAACUUUGCCAUUGGACGAACUGUGGAAGCCAAUCCGCAGUGGAAGUUCCAACACCAUGCUGUGAUUGCACUGAACGAAACUGCUCAUAGACUACAAUCCACAACCAAGGCGGUACAUGACCUCGCAUACAAUUUGCAACAGGAAUUACUCGCUGCCAAUGUAUCAUGGCCACUCGUCACGGCGCAGAAUCUAAAGCGGCAUGCCUUGACACUCGCUCAUUACAAACAUAUCCGAUCCGUUAUUGUGGCCCCCUUGGUGGCGCCCAAACAGUGGAAACGAUUUCAGCAGUACGCAGAUAGAGUGCUGGACCAACAGCAGGAUUAUAUAGACUCGCUACCACCCAAGAAGCAACAACGAUACCAAAACGUGUUCCUUCGAUGGGAUGCUUCCAAAUUUGAGGAGCCAGGGGACUUGGAAGAAACAAUCUUUGUCCCCUGGCAACAGUCACAGACCAAUCCAAAACAGUACUAUGCUCGUCCUGCCUACUCCAAUGCCAAGAUCGUACAGGAUUGGUACGAUUAUGACGAGCAAGAGGAUGACGACGUGGAGGGUGUCUGGGAAAGUAUAUCAAGGGGACGAACAAGGAAUGAGACAAAUAGUGCAGCAAACAACAACAAUCCAGUCUUGAUGUUGAGACGACCAACAGCAAGCGAGUUGGCAGCAAGAAAUGGCACAGCAAGCUCAAGUUCGGCCAAAAACUUUGAUUAUUUGCUGCAACCAAUGGUCGGCACGGUCGUUGUGGAAAAACGGUUGCUACGCCCCAACAGGUUUGAGCAACAAGUCGUUGCCUUGCUGGCGGUUCAACUUAGAUGGGACCUGAUGUUGCAAGACGCUCUGGGAUCAGCAUUUGCAUCUCUUUUUCCGCCCGAAGGAACGAGUGGGAACCAGAAUGAAUUAUCGAAUACACACGUCGCUGUCGUUGCAGAGUUACAGGAUCGUUGUACCGGAGCCACAAUCCGGCGAUACAAUGUGCCAAUUCCUCAUGCUCGCCCCGAGGGCGAUCGACGUCGGAUGCCGCCGUCUCGAUCCAUUGUUGCAACGGAGGGUCGAGAUCAGAUGCAAGACGACAGUAGCUUGCUUGGCGCCAUGGUUGAGGAGAACAUUGAUCCAGCAGACAGCUCUUCGAUUCCUACUGAAACCCGCUGUCCCAAGGCAACCUUCUGGAAGCUGCUGCUUUAUCCCACGGAUGGGCUCAACGAUGCGCUUGUAGAGCAUGAUUGGGAGCUGUACGAAAUCAUCAUGACUUGGCUGUUGCUCUACAGCUUUGUCUGCGCCGUUGUGUUCUACAGAUUGUAUGAAAGCAAGCUAAACGAAGAGAUCCAAGAACAACACUGGCAAGAGGAGAUGGAAAACGAGGAGGUUGAUCCUGACGAAGUUGCUUCCGCUGUCACGGUUUUGGUGAUGGACAUCGCCGGUUGGCAGGAAUGGGCUGCCACCAAGACACCAUCCGAAGUGGUCUGCUUCAUAACGAGUCUUCUCCAUGCCACUGACCAACUGGCAAAGGAACACAAGGUGGUAAAAGUCAAAACUGUGGGAAGUUCAAUGGUAUAUGCCAGCGGUAGACCCAAACAUGCAUUGGCCCUAGCUCGGUUUGUUAGGGACGUUGUUGUUAGUUUCCAGCAAUGGACGGCGGAAUUGGAACCAACCUAUGGCCCAGGGACGUUAGAGCUGAAACUCAAAGGGGCGCUAGAGACCGGAACUCUUGACCGAAGGCUUUUGAUCAGGCAAGGCUCUAAAGUCAACGGCAACGCAAUUCACAAAGCCUCCUUAUUGGAAGAAUCGUGUACAGGAGGGCAAAUUCUGAUGUCCAGCCAGUUCGCGCAUACCUUACGUCAAUACGGCCGUGCCAAGUGGAUCCAGCCUUCCGAAAAGAAUCCAGAAACCUUCUACAUGGUUUUCAAUGCGGUCUCGAAACUUAGGGAUGGAUCGGGCCACUCAUCGAGACGACUGAUGAAGGAUGGAUCAGUCCAUUCGACUAGACGCCUAUCAGGCCACUCUGCAAGAAAUCUUUUGAGCGGAUCGAACCACUCGAGGCGAACCUUGGACCGCAGUGGAUUCAAUCAGUCGAAGCGCAGCUUAGCCAGCGCUUCGAUUCAGCUUUCUAAAGUUCCUGGCGAUCAAGACCUGCCAAAGAGAAGUGACUCACCCCCUCCUUUGGCCGGUAUGGAGCAGACGGGAGAACACCAUCCUCCGCCCAUAGAGUUGAUUGAUGUAUCCAACUCCGAUAUGGAUGACGUUGAAUACGGUGAAGAAAGCAGUUCAAACCCAAGUGCCACCGCCUUAGAUCUAGGUUACGAAGAGAUGGAACCAAGAACGUUCAACCACGAUGACGAAGAUGAUGAAUAUGAGUCAGAUGAGGAUGAGGAUUACGAUGACGAUGUUUCCAAUGCUUCUUUGGAACAAAAGCAGAUGGUACUCGAGAUGGCGCAGAAGAAGGAACGUCUAAUUGAAUGGAGCAUUGACUUGCUAACCAGAUGUUUGGAAGAGAUCCUCGCGGCUCGGACAACCCAGAAUUCUAUGAAAGCAUUGGCAAGUGUGGAAGAUCAACUAGGGACUGGAUCAAAUAUCUUGGAGCAGUGCAAGGAAUUCAUCUCAAUUCCAAUCUUCAGUCAAAGUGAACUCCGCGAAAGGAAGCAGCCAGGUUCUAUCCCCAUGACAGAUGCUGCGAGUAAACAGCUGCGGGAUUAUGUGACAAAGAUUGCCGACUCUUAUAGCGACCAUGCUUUCCACAACUUCGAACACGCCGCCAAUGUCACAGCUUGCUUGAGAAAGAUGUACAACAAACUCAUGGGAAGCGAGUUCACUCGGCGACGGAGUUCCAACAAAGCUGGAAUCAUGAAUGAGCAUAGUGGACGAUCGUUGUUUUCUUCCAUUUCAGUUGGUCAUUCCACAUCCUACGGGAUCAAGACUGACCCAUUGAUCAAGUUCUCAAUCAUUUUUUGUGCAUUGAUUCACGAUGCAGACCAUCCGGGUGUGCCAAAUCAACUCUUGAUUGAUGAAAACUCGCCCAUGGCUGCCGUCUACAAAAAGAAAAGCAUCGCUGAACAGAACUCUGUUGAGUUCUCGUGGUCGCUGCUCAUGCGGCCGGAAUACGUUGAUCUGAGGGCAGCGAUAUACUGCAACGAGAAAGAGAUUAAAAGAUUUCGUCAAGUCAUCGUGAAUUGUGUUCUUGCCACAGACUUGCAUGAUCCCGACUUGCAGACUUUGCGCAAAGCUCGCUGGGCGAAAGCGUUCGCCGAAGAAGGGCAGGCAGUCGCUACGGCCAAGCCAACCAAAAGGGGACCACGACGAGGAAACACAAAGUCGAUGGAUUAUCCAAGGAAGCGCCAGCCGCCGGGCGCUGCCGCAUCAAACAGUAUGCUAGACGCUCUUCGGCAAGCUGCGACCCAGGCUUCCAUGUCGCUUUCGUCACGACCAAAGGACGAUAUUAACCGCAAGGGAACGAUCGUGUUGGAGCAUCUUUUGCAAGCUGCUGACAUAUCACACACUAUGCAAAAUUGGAAGGUUUACUUGAAAUGGAAUGAGAGGCUGUUCGAUGAGUUCUUCGAGACAUUCGAGUCUGGAAGGAGUGGACUUGACCCGGCGACCACUUGGUACCAAGGAGAGCUAGAUUUCUUCGACUUCAUUGUCAUUCCUUUGGCCAAGAAGCUUUCAAGCUGCGGCAUUUUCGAGGAGGCCGGGGAAGAGCUCCUCGAAAAUGCAAUUUCCAACAGGCAGGAAUGGGAAUCGAAGGGGCACGAGGUCCUACAGGUUUACGUUGCCCAUUAUCGUGAAAGCCACGUUCACCACGUCCAACAGCAAGCUAGGGACAACGGCGAAAAUAGCGAAAUAGCAGUUGAGGGUGUCGAAACCCUUGAGAGCGCUCGUCCUGGGCAGCGCGAUAGCAAUGGUACUCUCAUGGCGCUGUCCCGGCGCUCUACUGCAUCAUCGCUUACACCCAUCAGGUCCAGCGAAGACCAGGAUGAGAAUGCGUCUACUACCGGUACGACGGAGAAACAAAUGCAAGAUAGUCAACUAGGACUGAAACUUGCGCUCCUCCCCGAUGCCGCGCCAGACGCAGCUGCCAUCGGAAAUGCAUCCGUAGCGGACACGCUCAGUGACGAUGACGAUGGCGAUACGAAUUCCCAGUUUCCGGAUCUUGAUAUCGUGUACGCGGUGCUUGAAAAUGCUGAUGACCCGGAUGAUUUCUUCUCUUACACCUUGCUUACACCAAAGCAACUGCGAAAGCGCAAGGAACGGCAGGAGAAACAAGAAAAUGUCACUUUGGGCAGCAAGGAUGUCAUGCGGGAGCGAAGGCGCCGCAUUCGCCGCCAAACCGGAGCCAGCGCAGUUGCCAGCGCAGGGUUUGGGGUUGCAGGAAGAAGAAUCUCAAGAGGCAAUUCGUUUCACUCAAGAAGCAGUUUUAUCUCUCUCAAUUCCGAUGUCUCAGAAGUUCAAGUUGACGGCGAUACGCCUAUCAAAAGGCAGACAACAAUGUUCUGA